AUGAAUUCAUUGCCAAUGAACAUCUUUCGAGCAUAUAUUUUGGGUGGUCGUUUGUGGCCUCAAAAACGAUGGUCAAUCACCGUAUUUCAACUCGAUGCAUUGGCUAAUGUUGAACCUUGGAAUCCAUUCAAUGAGCGUAGUUUGAAUGCAUUCUAUAUGCAAAGACCAUCUAUAAAUCAAAUGCAUAUAAUUCGUAAGAUAAUGGAUGAAGAUCACAGACAGGCUGGUCUCACCUAUUUGGUUAUCGACGAUGAAAGAAUUCGAAAUGACUACGAGAAAUCGAUCGUUGCCCUUCAUUCAACUGUAAAUGCCUGGGCACACGAUUGUGCUUGUUCGAAUAUUGGAGAACUUUCUCUAACACAAAGACGAGAAUAUGCUCAUCGAAUAUCUCUCGUUGUCCAAGCAUGUGCCGAUGGUGGUACUAAUGUUCUAUGGCAAUUUUCAUGCAAGAAGAACAUGCCCUACAUUCCUGAUUUCAUUAGUGGCGAUAUGGAUUCCAUCACUGAUGAAAGUCGCUCAUAUUAUAGUCGUUUUAAUGUGCCCAUUAUUCUCACAUCUGACCAGGCUGAAACUGACUUUACUAAAUGCGUCAAACUCAUGAUUGAGCGAUUCUCACCGAAUAAGCUUGAUUUUAUUUAUGUUUUUUCGACACUCGGUGGUCGUUUCGACCAGAGUAUGGGUCUAAUUAAUACUCUACAUUUACAUCGAGACACAAUCGCUCUGUAUCUUAUCAGCGAUAAAGAUAUUACAUUUCUUUUACGGCCAGGUUUUAACUACCUUCAUAUCAAAUCAAACCUUCUCGGUGAAUAUUGUAGUUUGCUUCCGUUUAGUGGCUCGACACGAGCUGUUACACAUCAUCUAAAAUGGAAUAUCACAAUUGAUACUGAACUCAAUUUUUAUUCCCUCAUUAGUUCAUCAAACACGUACGAUGACCAAUGGCUUCAGGACUGUAAUACUGAUUACGUGGAUAUUCUUGUCGAAAAUUAUCUUAUCUGGUCCAUGACAUAUAUUGCAAAAGUCAAUCAAGUCAAUAACGUUAUCAAUAGUUCUUGA